AUGCACGCCCGGCUCCACCAGGUCAACAACUUCGAAGACUGCCUGCACUUGGACCUGUGGACACCUUCGCUGAAUUCCGAGACUGCCCUGAGGACGGUGCUGCUCUUCAUCCACGGCAGAAACUUCAAGUGGGGCUGGAGCGCUGAGUACAACGCGCUGGCCCUGAGCGCCCUGGGUGAACUCGUGGUCGUGGUCCCCAACUACCGGCUCCACGUCUUGGGCUUCCUGGGCGACGGCACGGACGACGCUCCGGGCAACGUGGCCCUGUACGACCAGCUGCUGGCCCUCAACUGGACCAUGAAGUACGUGCGCUACUUCGGUGGCAACAGCUCGUCCAUCGUGGUGCUCGGCUACGAGGCCGGCGCGCGUUCCCUGGGACUCCACCUGCUGUCGCCCGUCCGAAACGCCUUCCACAACGUCGCCAGGUUCAUCCUGCAGAGCGGCUCGCCUUUCAUGCCCUUCAAGGCCAACUCCAAACUGAAGGACGUGUUCGGCACGCUCAAGUGCGACAGUCACAGUCUGGAAAAUAGCUGGCAAUGUCUGCGGAGUUUGCCCACGCAGGCAUUCACCUCAGCUCCUGCCUACGAGAAUCUGGUGAUGGGGCCCUCGUUUGCGUCCGAGUACCUGCCCUUCAAGCCCGACAUCCUCAGCCAGAAGACAACCAUCGAGGACAAGAAGGUCUUGCUGGGAAACGUCCUGGACGAAGGCGGCUUCCAGAUGGAACUCUACAGGCGGAAAUUGGGCGAGAAGGGGAAGGCCACAGCGUUCACGAAGGACGAACUGGAGCGUUUCGGCGUCGCCGGUUUCGACACACUACGCCGGCUGUACAUCAACGACUCCGGCUGGGAGAGCGGCCCGGGCGAUGCUGCUGCGAGGGUGCUGGAAAUAUUGGGCGACGUGCUGUACACCUGUCCAAUGAUGUACUUCGCCGACUACCUGUCUGACCAGAGGAACCAGGUGUACGCCUACGUGUUCAUCCACAAGCCGUCGUUCAGGCCUUUUAAGGACACACGCUUCGGGCCGAUGCUGUACGACGAUCUCAACUAUCUGUUCGGUGGACCCUUAGCGGACCCAAUGAGGGCAUCACCCAUAGACCAAGAAAUCAGCCACCAGGUCAUCGACCUCGUCAGCACAUUCGCCAAGAGCGGGUAA